AUGAACGAAUUGAUUACAAUGAAAAGUGAUGAUAAUAUAUUGGAAAACGAAACGUUAAAAAAUAAUAAUUUAACAAUGAUAAAUAAUAGUACGACGAUUGUUGAUGAAAAAACUAUGAAUGAUUUUAAAGAACGUACAAAAUGUCGCGAACAAAAAAUAAAAAAAAUAUGUACGAAAAAAUUAACUUCGCUUACCGUUCCGUGUGAAAUAAAAAUGUUUGUUGAAGAUUUAAGUAAAAAUGAAACAAUAAUAACAUCCAUACCAAAUCCUGCGUGGAAGGAAGCAGCGUCACAAUUAGAAAGAGAUUAUAAAAAAUCCGCUUGUGAUCGAGAAAGAACACGAAUGAGAGACAUGAAUAGAGCUUUCGAUUUACUAAGAGCAAAAUUACCCGUGACAAAAUCACCAGGGAAAAAAUUAUCAAAGAUAGAAGCCUUAAGAUUAUCCAUUCGAUACAUACGUCAUCUACAAUCUCUUUUGGAAGAACCACCGCAGCCAACUUUUGAAAAAGAAAAAGUAAGUAAUUCGGAUUAUUGGUCCACGCAGUAUUACAUGAUUCCAGAACAUGGGGGAUAUAUAUGUGAUACAACUGUCCAACCUCCGGAAAAUGAAGAAUAUUACGAAUCAGGAUGUUAUAAUUAUGUCCAAAAUGAAGGAGAUACCGUGUGGAGAGAUACGACAAAUUCAUAUCCAUAUUCAAUAAAGUAUCAGAUCAUGGUAUCGCAUCAUAGAUUUUACAUUUACACCAACUUAGGUUAA